UGGGAACCCCUGACCCCUCUCCCCGGAGCCCCAGAUCCGUGCACCAGGUUCUUCCUGACCAACGACCAGAUCCAUCUCUAUAUGAAUGAGUUCUCCUGGAAGGACGUUACCAAUGCCUUGUCCCUGGCCAACAUGAUCCUGGGGCUCUUCUCCAUCUUCUGCAGCGUCUGCAAGAAAUGCUACAGUGCCUCCUGGAUGCUUCUGACCAGCUUCCUAUUAGACAUGGCAGUUGGGACGAUAACCAGACACCUCAGCCUCUGCUCCAGAUCGGGGGUGGAGCUGAAUGACUUUGCUGUCUUCACCACCUUUGGCCUGGCCUCAGCCCUGCUCCUAGGCGUGGAUGGGCCUCUGAAUGCGUUCCUGGCCGUCAUCUAUGUGUUAGCUGCUACCUUCCGCCUGUGUUUUUAUUCAACCGGUGUUCCCUUCACAUACAAGGGUCUACCCUGCCGCUAUGCUUCCUGUGUUUUGGCCUCCACCUGCCUUCUGACCAAAGGCAACACGUUCAUUCUGUCUUGCAUGGCCUCACUUAUGAUUCUGUUCAUGGUGGACCAGAGCUACUAUCCACGUGAUGAGAUCCUGGGGUCUGAGAACUGGAAAAAAUUGAUUUACCUGGGGGGUGUCAUCAUGCUGCUUGUGUCUCCAUUCUCCCUAACUGCUUUUUACUGCCUGAUGUGGUCGCUGUCCUACAUCUUCUUUCCAGAUGCUCUGUGGGGCAAGGCAGCAUGCUUCAGGCUACAGCACCAAAGAAAGUGAACAGCUUCACCCACUCCCACUGGCCUCUGUGGGGUUUGUGCCAGCAUAUCGGGCCAAGCCUUGCCUUAUCCUCACUAAAUCUUUCUUUGUCCCUAUAUCUCCUGUGUGCUAGAUACGUGUGCCUUGAACCAAGGCAACCCACGAUAGAGCCAGUGGCCUUCACUUCUUCCUCUUUACUCAGGGUUCUGAAUCCCUUGGGGACAAUAGCUGUGUCAUAUACAACAGAAUUCUUUCCAAGAUAAAGUUGGGUUGGGUUUGAGUUCCAGCCCUGUUACCGGCUGGGUGAUGUUGUGUACUAAGGUCAAUCCCUUGGAGUGGGGUGAAACCCUUUAGCAUUGGUAUAGUCUCCACCUUGGCCUGAUCCUUAUUACUCCAGGGCGCGGGGGUGAGGGGGCAUGGGGGUGCUUAUUAAAGCAUUUCUUAAACUUGCAGAUUGGUUCAGUAGAGCAGAGCUAAUCACAGGACAAUCAUGCUGCCCAGUGUGAAUGUAUACAGGAUUUUGUAACUUAAAAUUCUAUAUUUCGACAGUCAAAGCUUCUGCCUUUUGCUUCAGAGAUUAGACACAUUGGCAGCUUGAAGGCGUCACCUGGUUCCCAUCUGGUUUUUUCCUCAACUAUAAAAUACUAACCUCUAGAUAUUC